AUGGCUAACCGAAGGACAGUGAUUGCGCUGCUGGUGGUUGUGAUGGUGGCAUUGUGCACGGUAGUGACGGCCGAUACUGCAGUGGAGUCACCACGGAUAGCUGAAUCGCCGGAUCGGGAGCAAAGUCGUCAGGUUGAUGGUAGUAAAUAUUGGUUACAUGGUGGAUGGGGCUGGGGAUGGGGUUGGGGUAUUGCAGCGUAUGUGCUGGCGAUCGUCAAAGGUUCCAUCCUGUUGGGUUUGUUCGUCAUCUGGGCCUUUUUCAAGGGAUUCGGAGGAAAGAAACAUGGAGGAGGCUGUGCUCCGAUCAUCAUUCGUGAAUCGCCACCGCCAAGCUAUGAACAUCACCAUCAUCCCUGGGACCGCAACUCGGUUGUGUACUCAAGAUCCAAACGCUCGCCGGACUAUAUGGACUCGGAACUGUACUGGACCGAUUUGGUCACAGAUAUGGGAUUGAGUUUUCUGGGAGUGCAUUCAAAAGAUUGUAGAAAACGAUUUGUUUGUGAAGUAAGUGUGCGGGAGAAACAUGAUCCGAUACUGAAAUUUGCAACGUCGGUAUUUGGAGUGGAUAUCUUUAGAAGAUAUCGUUCCAACGACAAUAAUAAUGCCACCACGUUUGAAGAUUGUUCCAAUUUAUACUCGAAGUGUAAGCUCGGGGGUCCUUCUAUUUCUUUCAACGUUCUGACCCAACCGAUAAAUUUACUACAAGACCUCGACACCGGUGACGGAGAUCAGAUCGAUUAUUCUCCGACCAGCGAAGAAACGUCUCACGAUGUGGACGACUUGGAUGAAGCAACUGAAGAACCUACAACUACCACAACAGAGCCACCAAAAAGGAAAAGCUUCAAUAAACGAAAACGGUAUUUCAAAUCUGCCUAAUCAGUCGCUUCUACGCAGAGAGAAGUUGUUGUACCAAAGACUGAUGCCAAAGGUGGCGAUUCCGAAGAAAUUGUUACUGUAUAAGCAUCGAUACGUGUGGUUAAAGAAUGACCGUGUGAAUGAUUUGUAAAAAACACAAAUGAA